AUGAGUGGUAGUGACGACGAAAAAAAGGGGUCAACGGUAGGAUGGGUGUACAAACUCGAUACGAAGAGUGUAGUUGAAGAGUUUCAAAAACGUAACAUUACCGUUGACAUAUCUAAAACGCUUGCAACCUUACGUAAAGAAUUAAAAGAAGUCGUAAGGCAAGAGAUAGAAGCACGAGAAGCCGCGAAAACUGAAAAGAAAACCGACGCGAGUGGGGUGUUAGAAAAAGACAAUUCGGAACUAAACGCGAGUAACGAGUCGUUCGAGUCCGCGGAAGGCACCGAAAGUACGAAAAACGAAACGGAAAAGGUGCUCCGAAACGUGUCCGCCGACGACACAAAGAAAGGAAGUGACGUAGGUGCUCCGAACGCCGAGUCCGACGACGACGACAACAUGGCGGGAGACAACAAUAAGCUGGAAUUCUGUUUGGGAAAAGACGAUUGGGACCUGUUCGUUGAGAGAUUGGAAUUGCUGUUUGCGAUGAAGGAUAUUGCGGAAAAUAAGCAACACAUUUGGUUGCUAACAAGGUUGGACGAAGAGGCGUACAAGCUGGCAAAGAGCUUGUGUGCUCCAAUCUUGCCGAAAGACAAAAAGUAUGCCGAUUUAAAAACGCUAAUGCAAGGGCACCUAAAGCCGAAGCCAUCGGAAGUGAUGGAGCGGUGUACCUUCGCGCAGGCAAAGCAGCAGCAGAACGAGUCAGUCGCCGAAUUUGAAGCGAGGUUAAGGAGGCUUGCUUUAAACUGUAAUUUCACAAGUUUAGAUACGGCACUAAGAGAUCAAUUUGUAGUAGGGAUUCGAGAUGAAGAGACUCGUAUCUCACUUUUUAGAGACCCCAAAUUAACGUUCGCGAAUGCGUUAAAAGAAGCAGUCGCACGGGAGUCUGCUGUGAAAAACGCCACAGAUGCAACGUGCGCGUUAGACAAGAAAAAUACGCAAAGAGAGGUGUUUGCUUUUCGUGGUAAUCCAAAAGGCGGGAAGCAAAGGUCGAAGCAGCACCAGCAACGGAGAGAAAAGCCGAGCAACGCGCAGCGCGACCGAAGAGAGAAAAAUACAAACAGUGGGUGUUUCUGCUGCGGAAAAGCGAACCACGUUCGCGCCGAGUGCCGACACAGGGAUAAGAAGUGCAACUUCUGCAAAACAAUUGGUCAUCUAGAGGGCGUCUGCUAUAAGAAGAAGGAGCAGCAGCCGGAAGGGAGCAGCGUACACAAGCUGGACGAAAGCAGCCGCUCCGAAGAAGAAGAACAGCGCAGCCACGAGGACGAGUUCUACAGUAUCGACGUAGUCAACAACGGGCAUGAAGCAGUCAUACCCGAGUCGAUGCGACUGCUAAUGCUAAAAGAAUUACACGCGUCGCAUAUGGGUAUCGUAAAAAUUAAAAUGCUUGCUCGAUCUUAUGUGUGGUGGCCGGGGAUAGACAGGGAUAUAGAGGAUUAUGUAAAGGCAUGUACGACAUGCCUGGUAGAACAAAAAAAACCACCGCACACGCCACUGACAACUUGGCCUUGGCCAGAUCGCGCCUGGCAUAGAAUUCACUGUGAUUUUUUAGGCCCAUUCUAUGGAGAUAUGUAUCUAGUACUCAUCGAUGCGCAUACGAAGUGGCCUGAAGUCAUUAACUUUAAGAAUAAUACAGAAGCGUAUGGGGUAGUUGAGGAAUUCAAAAAUCUGUUUGCACGUUUUGGAAUGCCGUUUCAUGCUGUUACCGAUGGGGGACCACAAUUUAGAGCAACAGAGUUUUUGUCAUUUUUAGAGCAGAAUGGUGUUCACCAUAGUUUCUCACCGCCGUACCAUCCUGCCACAAAUGGCGCGGCAGAGAAUUUUGUUGAAACAUUCAAAGAUAAAGUGCACAAAAUUGUUAAAGGGGGGGAGAAACCGGCGGAUGCCGUUAACUUGUUUUUGAUAGACUAUCGAAGUAUUGAGCAUUGUACUACCGGCAAGAGCCCAGCACAGUUGAUGUACAAGCGUAAAUUGCGCACGCGAUUUGAUCUACUAAGAACUAGUGUAUCAGCGAGAGUUGAACAACAACAGCGAGCGCAAAUUGUAUCGCGUUCAGGCAAGCGUAAGAACGAUAUAGAAGAGGGAGACAUUGUUGCGUUUGACAACCACGCGACUAGAGGUGAGAAACGAAUUGUAGGUGAAGUUGUAAAACAAGUGUCACCGUCGACGUUCAUUGUCAAAGAUAGUGACAAUGUAAAACAAAAGCGACACGUCGAUCAAAUGAUAAAGCGUCCGAAUCUGCGACGAUCUCCGCGGUUGAACGCAUGUUUAAAAAAGGCGGAAGAUUGUGAUGUAUGUGAGUAA